AUGCCUUUCGGAUUAAAGAAUGCAGGGGCAACAUAUCAACGUCUGGUUGACUCGAUAUUCGCUAAGCAAAUUGGAAGGAACAUCGAGGUGUACGUGGACGAUAUGGUAAUGAAAAGCCCGAAUGAGGAAAAGAUGCUACAAGACAUUGAGGAAACUUUCCAGACAUUAGAAGCGGUCAAGAUGAAGCUAAACCCAACCAAGUGGACGUUUGGAGUGGAAGAGGGACAAUUCCUGGGAUACUACGUCACCAGACAAGGCGUCCAGCCCAUCCCAACCAAGGUCGACGAGUUUAUCGAGACGCCAACCCCAAACUCCCUCCGAGAUGCACAGGUUCUGAAUGGGAAGCUUACAGCUCUAAGCAGGUUCAUUUCGAAAUCCGCUGACAAGGCCAUGCCAUUGUUCCACACAUUAAAGGGGUGCAUCGAGAAGAACAACUUCCAGUGGACGAAUGAGGCAGAAAAGGCGCUCCAGAAAAUCAAGGAAGCGCUACACGAGUUGCCAAUUCUGGCCACCCCUAUCCCUGGAGAAACAUUACAAGUAUAUCUUUCAACAUCAGGCGAAGCGAUAUCCUCGGUAUUGGCUGUAGAAAGGGAGGGGGAACAGAGGCCGAUGUACUUUAUCUUGCUCAAGCCGGAGACGUCAGGUCGGUUGGCCAAGUGCGCAAUUGAGCUGGGAGAACACGACAUAAAAUACCGCCCAAGAACAAGCAUCAAAGGGCAGGCGCUGGCUAACUUCUUACUGGAGAUCCCAGACGGAGGGAACCCAGCGAAAGAGAAGGUGUGGGUAGUUGAAGAGGCCCCGGCUGACCAUGGUUCAUGGACCCUGUAUACGGAUGGAGCAUCCAGCAGGGAAGGCUUGGGGGCGAGGCUGAUCCUGACUAUCCCAGAAGGGGAGGAGGUAACCUACGCCCUCCGAUCCGACUUCCAUACGUCAAACAACGAGGCGGAGUACGAAGCACUUCUUGCAGGAUUACGAUUAACCAAGCAGAUGGGUGCGAAAGCUAUAACAGCCUUAACCGAUUCGAGGUUAGCAGCAAACCAAGUCAAUGGAAGUUUCGAGGUAAGAGAUCAAAGAAUGGGAAAAUAUGUAAAGAUGGUGAAACAACUGGUAGGGUCAUUCGGCCGGUUUACAAUCAAGCAGAUACCUAGAAGCGAAAACAAGAGGGUGGACGCUUUGAGUAAGCUGGCGUCCACAUGCUUUGACCACCUAUCAAAGAAAGUUUUAGUAGAGGUACUUCAAGAAAGGAGUAUAGAUGAGCAACAAGUGAACACCCUAACCCCCGUUGGGCCCACAUGGAUGACACCGUUUCGGGAAUACCUUCAAAUAGGAGUGUUGUCGGACGAUCAUGAUGAGGCCAGGAAAAUACGUAUAAAAGCGCCUUCAUACGCAAUGGUUAAUGGAGAAUUGUACAAGAAGGGGUUCACGUCUCCAUGGUUAAAAUGUGUGGAUCAGGCCAAAGGGGUAGAGAUAUUGCAGGAGGCACACUCAGGAUAG